CGAGGUUCGGGCAAGCGAUGCAAACGCGCACCUGCUUUAGAGGCAUUACGGUAGCGCAGCAAACUGUCCCCCUCGCAACACACACUCCACUCGUUCACUCACACAGCCCUAGUGAUUCAACAGUGAUUUCCAGCGAACGAGCAAGCAACAGACGGGAUGCCAAAAAGUGAGGAGCUGAGUAAGCCUCUUGAAGAGAUAGCGAGGAGAAGCAGACGCAACCAAACAAGACGAGAAGCUGCGCGCUUUCUCCGCUGCAACUUGCGCACAGUGCCAGAGUUUUAGCGGCAGUAUUGUUCUGACUUCACUCCAGAGGGGCCACUCCGAGGAGAGAGGACGCACACAAAAGGGAAAAGGAAAGGACUAACGAGCACGCUUUGUCGUUUAAAGUAAUGGUCCUGCGGUCUUAGAUCCUAGAUUUCUCUGUCUCGCUCUCUCUCUCUCCCCUCUCUGUUUCUUUCCAUUUUUCUUUUUUUUUAUUCGUCCCGUCGGUUUGUGUCCCCCUUUGUCGCCGUGAGAGAGUGGACGCGCCGGGGGCUUCGAGGAGCAGAAGCGGGGCUGUCCACAUGGUCCAACCACUGGCGUGAAAGUUGACUUCUUCAGAAAACAAGAGAACAGGUGCCAGUGAUGAUGGUGGAAUCAGCCUCUGAGACCAUUCGAACGACACCGUCCAACCAGAACGGAGUCAGCAGCCAAUCAGAUGGAGGGGGAGGUAGAGAGGGCGGGUCUAACGGAGACGCCAACGGAGAGAUCAGCCCAGUCGACUUACUGCACCUGCAACAGCAACAGGCGCUCCAGGCAGCCAGACAGUUCCUCCUCCAGCAGGCCUCUGGACUCAACUCCUCUGGCAGCAACGAGGUCAAACAGAGCCCUGUGCAGGUGCCUGUGUCCAUGGCUAUGAUGAGUCCACAGAUGAUCACUCCUCAGCAGAUGCAACAGAUCCUGUCUCCCCCUCAGCUCCAGGCCCUGCUGCAGCAACAGCAGGCUUUAAUGCUACAGCAGUUACAGGAGUACUACAAAAAGCAGCAGGAGCAGUUGCAUCUCCAGCUUCUGACUCAGCAGCAACAGCAGCAGCAGCAGCAGCAGCAGCAGCAACAGCAGCAGCAGCAACAGCAGCAGCAACAGCAGCAGCAGGCCGGGAAGCAAGCAGCAAAAGAGCAGUUAGGAAGUAAGCAGUUGGCCUUCCAGCAGCAGCUGAUCCAGAUGCAGCAGCUUCAGCAGCAGCACAUCCUCAACCUCCAGAGACAAGGUCUGGUCCCACUGCAGCCCACCGCCGCCAUGCAGUCUCUGCAGCAAGCAAUGUGUCCGUCAGACCUCCAACAGCUGUGGAAGGAGGUGUCAGGGGUGCAGAGCAGUGAGGAGGCCCUGAAACAGGCCGAGGGCCUGGACUUGAGCACCAAUAGCUCCAAUUCUACCUCAGCCUUCCCCAAAGCUGCCAGUGCUCACAUCCCAUUGCACAGCCUGGUCAACGGACAUAGCCACACCCCAAAGAGAGACAGAGCCAGACUGUUUGAGUGGAUAUCCUCCUUCACCAAGUCAGACAGCGGAGAUGACCAUGUCCCCCUUUAUUCCAAAGGUGGCCAACCCCCCAGCAGCCAUCAUGAGGAGCAUGCCGGCUCCCAUCCUCUCUACGGCCAUGGAGAGUGUAAGUGGCCAGGCUGUGAAGCACUAUGUGAGGACAUGGGACAGUUCAUCAAGCACUUGAACAAUGAGCACGCCCUAGAUGAUCGCAGCACUGCUCAGUGCCGAGUCCAGAUGCAGGUGGUUCAGCAACUGGAGAUACAGCUGGCGAAAGAGAGCGAGCGACUCCAGGCCAUGAUGACCCACCUGCACAUGCGCCCUUCAGAGCCAAAGCCUUUUAACCAACCUCUGAACCUGGCUUCCAGUGGCUCUCUGUUAAAGCGGGACAGUGAUCUCUACCCAGAGGGUCUUCCCCACCCCCCCACCUCAGCUGCCACCCCUAUCACCCCACUGCGCCAGGGACCCUCAGUCAUCAGCUCCUCCAGCCUGCACACACACUCUCAUUCCCACACGCACGGUGUUGGGCCCAUACGUAGGCGCAACUCCGACAAGUACUGCACCCCCAUCGCCUCAGAGCUGGCUCAGAACUGUGAGUUCUACAAGAACGCUGAUGUCAGGCCUCCCUUUACCUACGCCUCUCUUAUACGUCAUGCCAUUCUGGAGUCCCCAGACAGACAGUUGACUCUCAAUGAGAUCUACAACUGGUUUACACGAAAGUUUGCCUAUUUCAGGAGAAACACAGCCACAUGGAAGAAUGCUGUGCGCCACAACCUGAGUCUGCACAAGUGUUUUGUUCGCGUUGAGAACGUGAAGGGAGCCGUGUGGACUGUGGAUGAAGUUGAAUACCAAAAGAGGAGACCACCAAAGAUGACCGGAAGUCCCACUCUGGUGAAAAACAUGAUUUCAGGCCUGGGCUUUGGAUCCCUAAAUGCCAGCUACCAGGCGGCUCUGGCAGAAAGCAGUCUGUCCCUGCUGAACAGCCCUUCCCUGGUGACUCCGUCUGCGGCCAGCCUCAACAUGCUGCAUGUGGGCCACGAUGAUGUCAGCUCCACUGUGGAGCAGGUCAAUAGCAAUGGCAGCUGCAGCCCCACACUCAGCCCUCACCAGUACAGCCACCAGGUGCAUGUGAAGGAGGAGCCCACUGAGGUGGAGGAGGACAGUCGGUCGGUAUCCCUCCUGGCCGGCAUCACACACAACCUGCCAUUGCCGAGUGACGAGCGCGACCUGGAGGAGGAUCUUCCUACCGAGGAGCUGGAGUAGGACAGAUCCCAGAAGGACCAGAGGGACGAGACAUAGCGAGAUCAAUCCCUGAGCCCUCUCGUCAGCGUGAAGAGGAAAAGAUAGCUUAAGAGAAAAGAGAGAAAAAAAGAGAAUGUUUUUUUUUUUUUUUUUUUUAGUUUUUAAGAAAAUGCAAGCAACCAAGGACAACAUUGAGAAACUCCAAACAGGGUUAGAUGACCUUCAUUACUUACAGACGCAAAGACAAGACUUUGGAGCACUGCUUUACCUCCAUGUGUUUCUUUUCCACACAGAGAUGUGCCACUCGAUGCAUACAUACUCAUACACACAUAAACAAACACACACACACACACACACACACACACACACACACACACACACACACACAUUCACUUGUCAAACCAUGUCUCAUCAUCCUCCCUGGUCAUAUCAGCCUCUGUGUAGAGACCCUUAGAGGUUUGGACACACUCUCCUCCUUGCCCAACCACUCUGCAUACGCCCUCCUCGCUGUUGUCUCGGGCUGCCUGGCUAGCAGUUUUAUCUCAAAAUCAGUUGAGAAGACGCACGUGUGUUUGAAAGAGAAAGACACACACACACAGGAUCAUGUGUAUAUAGAUUUGGAGCAGUCACCAGGGGCUGUGCAGUAGGCCUAUACCUCUCCUUCUUCCCCAUCUUUGAGUCACUCACUUGCUUUUUCAUUUUCUUUGAGUUGAUUGAAAUGAAACUGUCAGGCUUCAAGAUGGGAGGGAAGGAAGGAAGAGCGCUUUCAAAGAUUACCACCAACAGUGCUCCAACACUUCUGCAGAGCAGGCUCCUGUCCCCACGUCAGCUUGUGAGCCCACGGCGAGGUUGUGGCCCUGGUCCCUGACCAAACUUCUGCCCCCCAGCAAAGACACUUAGUGACUGGCGUCUUUUAAACUCUUUGCUUCUAAGUGAGAAAAAGACUUUUCCUACCCCACCCUCAUCCCUUCCCAUCCCCAAAAGACUGCAGGAAAUGGACCAUUUGGUGCUGUCCUUCUCCUCUCCUCCAUCUGUGGAUGGAGCGAUGAGCCUGGAACACUUUGAGAAAGAGAAGAAAAGAGGGGAAGCAGAGAGAAAUGAGGGAGGAAACGUCUACAGAAAUAUUGUGACUAAAAAAGAAAACUGUUCAUGAUUAUGGAAUAUAACAAGAAAAAAAAACGUGUGGUAGCUUUUGUCAUUUCCUUUUUUAUUUGAUGUUAUUAUCAUUGUUUAUUUUUGAGGAUCAAUAUUUCCACGGUGGCGUUCUCUUUUGACGUACUAUUUCUAAGAAUGCUGUUUUUGUUUUUGUAUUGUAAAUUGUUUGAUUUACUCUGGCUGUUCACACCAUUCCAAAUGAGUAUUGGCAACAACAAAAAGCGCAGUAUUGUCCCAAGUUGUGAUACCUGACCCCUACUCCCACCCCUUUCUGUCCCAAGUGUAGCAGGCAAGAAAUUUGGAAAUGCACUUAAAGUUGCCAUUAUCCAAACAGAUUAUUUAACAGCUGAAUCAUUUUUUUAUUCUCUCUCAUUCGCUUGUUUUUGGUUGUUUAUUUAGUUGAGAAAUAUCAGUAAUGCUUUAAAAAUAUAUAUAUAUUAUUACUGCAGUCAGAGAAUACCUCAUCCCACAAAGGUUCUGCCGGGAACUGUGUCCAAAUUGAUAAACAAAUAAGGGGGAAUUCUUUUCCGCGGGACACCAAAUGUGGCAACUCUGCUCAGCUUCGAUUCAAAGCUCUAUGGUUGUAAUAGUUACUGUUUAGAAGCUAUCUGCAAUUCACUGUGUGAGUUUGUGUUAAAGGAAUAGCACGUGCGAUUUAUGUUUUUGUUUGUUUUCCGUGAGCAUAAAAGCAUUACUUUUCUCUACAGUGCCAUGCCAAAUUUAACAUUUAUUUUAAUCUAUUAUCUGCUUAUUCCCAUUUUAUUUUUGUUACAGGUAACCAAAGAAAGAUGUAGAAAACCAAAAACCCUGUAUUUUAUUUUGCCCUUUUUGAGUUUCUUUUUUUUUUUUUCCUUCUUAAAGGAUUGGCCAAAAGACAACAAACCAGGAGUUUGAAUUCUUAUUAUUGUAUUCAUAUAACUAUUAUGUUGAAAUUAUACAUGGGUUACAGUGCUGACCAUUCCGAAAACCAAAGUGUGUAAAGCAAACUCAAAUUUGGAGACAUCAAAGCUUUUACAUGAUAAGCGGUUACGAAUGACUCACAUUAGGUAUGAGGCCAAAAAGAAGUAUUAACAAACCUCGCACAGUUCCUCUGAAAAACAAAAAAGAAAGAGAAAAGAAAAAAGCACUUAGACGUGAAACCCUGUCUCUCCCACGCUCAGGCUAAACUGUGUUCCAAACACAAUCCUAGGACUGGCCCUACUUCUGUAUGAGCAGGCCUAAAAAUGAUGCACUCGAGAGGCAUUUGAACACUUUUCGCUAUAAAGGAUACUUUUCUGGGGCUGUUGUAGCGAACAUUUGGAGUUUUUUUCAAUCUAGGGAACAAACAUACCCUCUUGAUCUGUAUGUAGUAUUUCCAGGAAGAGGAAGUGUACUGUAAUGUGGUUGCAAAAGUCACAUGGGAGGAGUUAUUCCAAAAACAUCUAUAUUACAAUAAAGAGGGAACAACUAAAAAUAAUGAAAAAAACAACAACAUGUAAGAGGAAAACAACCAAGGGACAUCAUGUAAUUGAAAGUUGGGUUCAUAUUUUCAUACUUUUUGUCAAACUAUCUCUUGCACUUCAGACGAUUUUUCUUAUUUAAUGAAAGAACCUUUCUGAUGACUUUGUGUUCAAACAGGACUGUUUCCUGUCACAUUAGAGACUGAUUUCUAACAAAGUACAAAGUGGCAGACAGACAUCUUGAAACAAGAUAAAAACCAAAAAUAACACUACCUCCUUUUCAAAACGGUUCAACACAUAGCCAAUGGGAGACUGACCUCUCUAAAAUAUUUUUUUUUCUCCAUUCUUACUCGAUGAUAAUAUCGAAUGCCAAAAUUGUUGUUACACUUACUGUAUGACUGACACAAAAAAAAAAGCUAUUUGGUGAUCUGGACUCCCUAACACAUCUGCUUGAGCCCAAAAACAUAGAGACGUUUCACUUUCCAUGGAAUUAAAAAUGACUACCUCUCCGUAAACCACAUCUAAAGCACUCUCUACGUCUCAAAGUCUGUUGUGAAGUGCUUACUAUAUAUGAAAAGUUUUCUAUCAGCUGUGUAAAAACUGACAAUAUUCCUGCACCCGAUUAGCACUGAGCUAUGUGAACAGCCUCUCAACUGUGUGCUCUGACAAUAUGUGUGCAUAUUCAUGAUCUCAGCCAACGAGAAACUGGUCGUUAAUGGCUUUGUGGUGUUGCAGGGAGCUGGUUGUCGGGGGUAAUGAUGGACAGAAUAUAUCAGUGCCACCACACACACACACACAAACUCACAGGGGUAUAACAAAAGCAUAGAAGCAGGGCUAUGGGUUAGUGCAACAGAGGCUCUGACCAUCCAGAAAUCCAAAGACCCACAACACAGCAGCACCUGCUCCGCCAAACACUCGCAGAGACACUGAGAGGACCAACACACACUUAAUGAAACUCAUCACUACUACUAGUAAUAUCCAAACCAAGAGGAACUGCUGCAUACAGUACAUAGAUGUAAUGUACACCUGUAAACAAAGUUGUUUUAUAAAGAUGUAGAUUGUUCACAGGUCGCCAUGUAACACUUCUGUUCUUUCUCCAGCUUGGCAUAACAUGAUGUAUUCUUGUAUAUUAUUGCUUGACUUAUCUCUCCAGGGCAUUCUUUCUCAUUUUGUCCUUUGAUUUUUCUCUUCUUUGUUUUCUGCACCUGUUUAGCUAUUGUAAAGCUUUCAGCUCUGAUUCCUAUACUGUACUGCUAAUGCUGAAGUAUAUGUAUUUAUCAUAUUAUGUGCUGCAGGUAUCUUGGUUUAUUAGUUUUGUUUUUGUUUUGUUUGUUUUCAUUUUUUCAGUUCUUCAUAAAACGUCUGGGACGCUGAUUUUUUAAGUGUAUUAUCUCAACAAAAAAAAUGAAAAGAAUAAAAGUUAGAUCAGUGGUUUAGGUAACACCUGUUUGUAUAUUUAUCUUAGCUAGGUCUAUUUUGAUACUUUUUUGUCUCUGUACUGCAUUUAUGCAUUUUUAAGGAAAGAAAAAAAAACAAAUGGAAAACAAACUAAAAAGUUACUUCAUUAUGUAUUGAUACCUCAGAAGGACUUUUUUCAAAGACAGGACCAAAACCUCUGAAAAGAAAAAGAGAAAGAUGAAAAAAUGUAACAAUAUGUAGCCCCUCUCUUGCUUUAAAAAAAAAUUGCGGAGCUCUAGAAAGAUAUUGCUGUUGGUCCUCUCAGGUGCCAAUAUGUGUCCCAGCUCCCUGUGACCCCUCCCUGUGACCCCUGACCCGUCAUUCCUGUGCUGAACUCCGACCCGCAGAGCUGUCAAUCGUCUGCAGGCGCCAUGGGGGUGUCACUGAGUCACACACCUGUCUGGUGGUGACCAGUCACAAACCUCAUCUCCCAGUCCCAGAGAGGCAGAUCAAAGCCUGGCCCUGUUGCAUUUUUGAUACUCCUUCUCUUGUGUAGUCUCAAUACCAAAAUGUGGAAUGGCUCUCAGAGAUGCAGCUCAUCCUCUGACUACCAAAGGCAUUGAAAGCAACCCAUUUGCUUAGUCCAAACUUCUGAACUGUAACCAAACUGUAACCAAACCAAUGCCACAACUUUAACCAAACAAAAACCAAGCUACUUCCAAAAGUCUCCAUUGACUUCACUGAUUACCUUUACUGAUAGCUGUUAUCUCUCGUACAUCCACGUAAUAGUGUUUUACUAUUGGCUGGUGACUGAUUCAAAGGACACAGGGAGCCCAAAUCCUGACUUGUGAUUGGACAGUUCUGAGGUGUCAUGUGAGGGGGAAGGGACUCUCAAAGUGGAGCAUUGCCUGACGGUAUUAUCAAGUAGACAGCCAGAAUCCGAUGGAACUACCACUUCAGCUCUCCUCUGGUUAAACCUAAGGAAUGUGUGUACAUUUUCAGCAGUGACUCUCUGUAUUGUUUCUUUUAGUUUCAGUUUAUCUGUUUACCUCUCUUUAUCCUUUCUGUUUCUUGUUAUUUGAAAGUGUGACCCGAGGAAGAGGCGGGGACAGGGACUGGGUGGUGGCUUUAGACAGACAGUGGAGCCCAGCCCCCUGACCCUCCACCCCGGGUAGCCAUGUAAUGCCAGUCACUGCCCUUUCCUUCAUGCUGUAUAAAAACACACACAUAUAUCUGUGUAUUUGUAACCUGAAUCUUCUUGUGUCUGUCCAUGCAGACAAUAAAAAACUGUACAGUAGGUCUAGUUGCAUGUAAUCUGUACUAAUUAUUGACAAUGGCAUUAUAAAAUGCAAUAAAAUACUUAUUACACUGUC